CUAAAUUCACGAAAAGGAACUGCAACAGUCUUUUUGAAACCUUUAAACUCAAACCAAACCUAUUUAUUGUCUCUGAAAAUUUGUCCUUUUUGAAAUAACAUUUUAGUAGUUUAUAGAUAACGUCUACCGUACUAUUUCUUGUUGUGAUUGAGUUCCUAAUUCUUUUUUUCUUUUUUUUCAUUGGUACUUUCUACGAGCAGUUGUUAAGACCAAAGAAACAGCAAACAAAGCAUCAUAAUAACAAUUGAAUCAGACCAAAUAGAGCUGUAGAACAAAAGAAUGGGAGAAAAAGAAGAGAAGAAAGAGAAAGGAGAAGAAAUCAUCACCGCCGUUUAUAAGGUUCACCUUCACUGCCGGAAAUGUGCAUGCGACAUCAAAAAGCCUCUUCUUCGAUUCCAAGGGGUUCAUGGUGUGGAUGUUGAUUUGGAGAAGAAUGAAAUCAAAGUAAAAGGGAAAAUAGAAGUCGUGAAGAUUCACAAGCAAAUCGAGAAAUGGAGCAAGAAAAAAGUUGAGCUCAUCUCUCCCAAACCCUCUGAUGUUAAGAAAACCACCACUACGACGACAACAACUUCUGUGGUAGCGAAGACAACCACCGAGGUCAAAAAGGAUGUUAUUCGCACGACAGUACUAAAGGUACACAUUCAUUGCGCAAAGUGUGAUAAAGAUCUUCAGGAGAAACUCUUGAAGCAUAAAGCUAUUCACAUUGUGAAAACGGAUACAAAGGCGCAAACGCUAACAGUACAAGGGACGAUAGAAUCCGCAAAACUUUUAACCUAUAUAAGGAAGAAAGUUCACAAGCAUGCAGAGAUCGUAAGCUCAAAGACAGAAGAAGAGAAGAAGAAGGAAGAAGAGGAGAAGAAGAAGAAAUUAGAAGAGGAGAAGAAGAAGAAAGAAGAGGAGGAGAAGAAGAAGAAAGGAGAGGUGAAAGUAGAAGUGACCAAGACGAUUACUCAAGUUGUGGAGUUUAAAGAGAAAGUAAAAGUUGAAGGUCAAAAAGAUAAAGAUGGAAACGUACCUUACUUCGUCCACUACGUCUACGCUCCACAAUUGUUUAGUGAUGAAAACCCUAAUGCUUGUUGCAUUGUCUAAAGUUACAUGUUUGUAUUAUGCAGGUUUUUAUAAUAUACAUUUAUAUCAAAGCCGCUAGCUCCACACAAUAUUCAAAAUUAUGCGAUUAAAAUUAUUUAA